UGUAUAUAUAUAUAUGUGUGUGUGUAAGGGCAUAAAGCAAAAGAGUUGGAGAGUGUUAUUUUUUUGAUGUGGAGAACCAAGAAGAGAGAGAAAGAAGAAUGGAAGAGAUGGACGUUGUGAUUGUGGGAGGUGGUGUUGCAGGCCUUGGAACCUCACUUGCUCUUCAUAGGAAGGGUAUAAAGAGUGUGGUGUUGGAGAGAGCAGAGCGUGUGAGGUCGGAGGGAGCUGCACUCGGAGUUCAUCCGAACGGUUGGAGAGCUCUUGAAGAGCUUGGUGUCGCCGAUAAGCUUCGUCGUUCUAACUCUGUACCUCUUCAUCGAUUCAGAAGUGUGUUCUACGAGAACGGGAAGCGGCAUGAGACGGUUGGACCGGCCGCUUACGGGGCAGUGAACUGUUUGAAAAGGAACGAAUUGGUGAAGGCAUUGGCGGAGGCUCUUCCCGAAGGAACUAUCCGAUUUGGGUAUGGACUUGUCUCGGCGAAUAUCGACGAAACAUCGUCGUUCCCGAUUCUUCGGUUCAAGGACGGAAGGAGUAUCAGAGCGAAGGUCGUGAUCGGAUGCGACGGUUCGAACUCCGUGAUCGCCGAUUUCCUACGGAUGAAUCCGACAAGGGCCUUCGGUUCUCGUGCCGUGCGAGGAUUCACGAGUUACCCCGACGGACAUGGAUUUCAACCUGAAGUUGUGACUAUGAAGAUGGAAAAUGUCUUAUGCGGAAGACUUCCUGUCACCGACAGGCUCGUCUUUUGGUUCACAUAUUUCCCGCAUUAUUCUCAACAAGAAUCCGAGAUCUCGAGAGAUCGAGAAGCAAUCGCGGAAUUGACAAAAGGGUCGACAAAGGAUCUCCCAGAGGAAUGGAGAGAGAUGGUGAAGAACUGUGACGUGAGUUCGUUAUACAUGAGCAGUAUAAGAUACCGACCGCCGUGGGAGAUACUGGUAGGGAAAUUCAGGAGAGGCACUGUCACGGUGGCCGGAGACGCGAUGCACUUGAUGGGUCCGUUCCUAGGGCAAGGCGGUUGCGCCGCCCUCGAAGACGCCGUGGUUCUGGGAAGAUGCUUGGGGAAGAAGUUAGGCCAAGGUCACGUUUUUCCCCCGAGGAAAGGGAUGGUCGAGGAAGCGAUCGACGAAUACGUGAGGGAGAGGAGGAAGAGGGUGUUUGCGCUGUCGACGCAGGUUUAUCUCACGGGAAAGCUGGUCGGGGCAUCAUCUGGGGUUGCGAAGGUGAUGCUUCUCGUUCUGUUGAUGGUCUUGUUCUACGAUCAGAUUCGUCACACUCGUUAUGAUUGCGGCAAACUCUGAUGGAUCAUAGCUCUACAUAUAUUGUAUUUACUACGUACAUAAAGUUGAUGAUGGUGCACUCCUCGUGUUAACGUAAACGCCAUGUUUUUAUGUAAUACUGUAUACAUGCAAUCGCGAUUAUAUAUAGACACCGUCCAUUGCGUUUG